CUGUAGUGGAUGAAAAACGUGAGUGAAUAGGUAGGUAAAUGUUUCUUCACUGUGUAUAACGAAUGUUGGGAUGGCUCAUUUUUGCACACACACACACACACACACACACACACACACACACACACACACACACACACACACACACACACACACAUAUGAAUACUCGACAUUUAUUUUCUGAGUAAUAAAAAUGGGAAAAAAAGCGAAGGAAAACUGGUGUAGUGUGUUUAGUACCAGAAUUUGUUUCGAGUCCAGUAAAGCAGAAGAGUGGUAAACAAGGACCCAGUGACCAGGUAGAGGAGAGUGUAACCCCUUCAGUACUGGGACGCAUUUUUUUACCAUGAGUUUUGGGUGUGAUAGACGAUUUUGUUGACAUUAGGAAGGGUGUAUGGAGGUCAGAAGACUGUAGGCCGGAGUCUUCACUAUUGUAAUCCCCCACCUGAGUUUCUGAAGCCGUAUACAGUGAAAUAGUAUGCACAUGGGAAUGGGAAGUGUCGUGGUACUGAAGGGGUUAGUUGAUCUACAUUUCGCACUGGUUCAGAAUUUUGUGGUGAUUUGAGUGUUAGUUAUCCGUUCCGCAUUUAGCACCAGGGAGUUAUGCAGACCAAGACACGUUAAUGGGUUCAGUAUGAGUGGCACCAGUAUUUAUUCCCCAUUUCAUUUCUGAGAAGUUUUAGGUGUGUUGGGGAGGUGCGGCGUGCUGGGUACCUACACUGGCUUCCGUACCCUUGUUUUGUUUGGAAAAUUCGCCUCGACUCACCACGUCUCGUCCGUGUGAAGAGAAGACGAUUAUUUUGCGAGCUUACAAGUGGAGCGAGUCUUUCUGUACCCAAAUCGUUGCUCUUUUUUACGUGCAGCCAGCCACCCCUUCAGACGCAGCCCUCCUCCGAGCCACCACCUACCCUCCCACUGCAGCCACUGUCACUGUUCACUGCAGACACUGGGAGGUUAGUCCUGUCCAGGCUUGAUUGACUGGGAGAUGAAAACAAGACGUGCUUAUUAUUAUUAGCAUUACGAUUUAUAGGGAAUUUAAAUCUCUAGGGGUAGUUUGACCUUGCAUAACAGUCUCCUAUGUGCCCCAAAUGUGUUUCAGAGUGUAUAUGCGUUACUCGAGGCUUCCCCACACACUACAUUGCCUGAGGGAGGGGGUUGGGGGGUUGGGGGUGGAGUGGCUGCCUGCGUCACUGCGCCAGGCAACGUAGUUCGCCAGCUUGUGAUAAUGUGGAGUUAGGAUACUAGGGCAGUCUUGGCACACACUAGGGUCAUAUAGGUCGUUAUACAGCAAGAAUAUUCCCUUAUUUUAUUGACUUUACUUUUUUCUCCCUUUUUUUCUCUGCCAGUUUCCGUGGUUUGCUGUGUCGAUAAGUGCAUUUUUAGUCUCGUGUCAUCUAUGCGUUGUGUUUAUUGGCCUUUCAAAAUGAUACGUUAACUCGAUUUCAUUGUUAGUGUUGUUGAUUCGUGCCUUCCGUUCUGAAAUUGACCUCAAAACAUGUCAGGCCCACGAUGAAUAAAGGCAGAGAGGCCAGUGAGUGUGUGCCGUGUGUUUGUCACUGGAGGCAUGGAAUCGGUGCCAAGGAGGGACUUGCUUUUGUCACUGGCAACCACGCAAGACACUGCUGACUGAUGCCUCUGUACUGAUGUCAUUCUCUCUCUCUCUCUCUCUCUCUCUCUCUCUCUCUCUCUCUCUCUCUCUCUCUCUCUCUCUCUCUCUGGACAACAAAAGAUAGAUGCCAAAAUGUAUUAGAUCCUGGACUUUCACAAAUGUUUGCAGGCGGAGAAAGUUGCUGCUGGUUGAGCGAAAUAUUAUUCUCAAUUGUACAUGAGAGAAAGAAGAAAAAAAAAAACGAAAACAAAAGAAAAAAUUGACUAUUAUUUGGAAGUUAUUCUUACAAUUCUAUAAUUUGUAUGAUGCAUUAACUGCUUUUUGUGAUAAAGAAGAAAACAAUAAAAUGGGAGAUAGAAAUGUGUGUGUGUGUUAUUCACUGUGCUGUGGCUGUGAUGGCGAUGAUGGUGCUCAGACACACCCAUUACCCAGCCAUGCUCACCCAUACCCAGACAUGCUCGUACCCUCGCCCUCCCUCCCUCCCCUCCCCCCAGUACGACCCGCGGCUCCUUCCAGUGAAAACAGCCAGUAAACAAAUAAAUUAACAAACAAACACAAACAAGCAGACAAGUGCCAUCCUGUAAUUAUUGUGAAUGGUCCUUUGGCCUUUCUUUUGGGAGUGGCACCUCAGUGGACUUAGCUUUUCGGUUACACACACAAAAAAAAAAAAAAAAACCGCUUUGAGUGACUGAGGCACCGUCAGACCAAGACAUCAUGGCAUUCCUUUACAGGAUAUCCUCUCUUGCUGCGUGGCUCAUCUGCCCCCUCGUUUACACACAGACACAUGCACACACGCAGCCAUGGCGAGAGCACUCGUGCUGGUGGUGGUGGUGGUGGCGGUGCUGAUGGAUCCGAGUUUUGCUAAAGGUUUAUGGAGCCGACCCCAGGAUUGCAAUGCUUCUGACGGAGGAGUGAGGAAACUCGUACAGGAAGAAUAUGCACCAGUCUUUGAAGUAAUGAUUUUUCCAAGCGUGAAGUUAAGCCUGUGUAUCUGAAGUCAGAGAGAGGCUUUGAGGACGUCCUUGUUAACGUGCGUGAGGUAUGGAACGACUCGACGGGUCGUAAUCACCCCAUCGACAUGUUGUUUGAGGACUGUGUCUCCCCCAAUGGCAAGUGGUGGGUGUUCCGGUGGGAGGUCACCAAGACUGAGACGGUGACACAAUUGGACAUUGGCUACGGUACAUGCCUGAUGAGCUGCGAGUUCAUAUUUUCCACCAGCGCUGUAAAGAUAUGGCUCAAAGUGUCGACGCAGUGGGGCUCUAGUUUCAGACUGGAGAAACUCUCAGAAACCUGUGCCAACGUCGCCUGGCCUCUACCAAAACGACAGCUCAACUGCCGUGACCCCACCACCACCACCACCACUACUACCACUACCACCACUACAACCAUCCCCACCACCACCAUAACGUUUACUCCACCACUCUCCUACUUUAAGCGAGACAAGAUAAAAAACAUGGUGUUGUCAGGAGUGAUGGUGAUGGCGGUGGUGAUGGUGGUGAUGGCGGUGUUGGUGAUGGCGGUGGUGGUGGUGAUGUGUUUGAAGCGGAAAUCUUUGACAUCAUCACAUGUGGUGAGCUUCCAGUCCCAGCCUGCACAGUCCCAACCUGCACAGUCCCAGUCUGCGCUCCCCAGCCGCCCCCUGCCGUCACCCCCGGGCCAGGUGCGCGCCUCGGACCAACAGGAGGGAGAAAUCUAUUAUGAAAUCCUGGCAGACGGUUCAGAAUGCCGUGUGUUGGUGCCGCAUCCUACAGUUGUACAGUCCCAGCCUGCGCUCCUCAGCCGCCCCCUGCCGUCACCCCCGGACCAGGAGAGCGCCCUGGACCAACAGGAGGGCGAGAUCUAUUAUGAAAUCCUGGCAGACGGUUCAGAACGCCGUGUGGUGGUGCCGCAUCCUACAGUUGUACAGUCCCAGCCUGCGCUCCCCAGCCUCCCCCUGCCGUUACCCCCAGGCCAGGAGAGCGCCCCGGACCAACAGGAGGGCGAGAUCUAUUAUGAAAUCCUGGCAGACGGUUCAGAACGCCGUGUGGUAGUGCCGCGGCCUGCACGUUCCCAGCCUCCCACCCAGAGCAGCCCCCCGCCGUCCCCCCUGCCGUCACCCCCGGGCCAGGUGCGCACCCCGGACCAACAGGAGGGAGAAAUCUAUUAUGAAAUCCUGGCAGACGGUUCAGAACGCCGUGUGGUGGUGCCGCAUCCUACAGUUGUACAGUCCCAGCCUGCGCUCCCCAGCCACCCCCUGCCGUCACCCCCGGACCAGGAGCGCGCCCUGGACCAACAGGAGGGCGAGAUCUAUUAUGAAAUCCUGGCAGACGGUUCAGAACGCCGUGUGGUAGUGCCGCGGCCUGCACGUUCCCAGCCUACCAUCCCCAGCAACCCCCCGCCGUCCCCCCUGCCGUCACCCCCGGGCCAGGUGCGCACCCCGGACCAACAGGAGGGAGAAAUCUAUUAUGAAAUCCUGCCUGACCUCUCAUCACGCCGGGUGGUGGUGCCGCGGCCUGCACAGGACACAUAGGGCCCCUUGUGUUCCAUGACGUGUCGCUUCCUAACGGCGGCGCACGGCCUCACUCGCAUCUUUAUGGUGGUGGUGGUAGUGGUGGUGGUGGUGGUGGUGCCUCAUGGUGGCCUCCUGGUGGAAGUGGUGGUGGUGGUGGUGGUGGUGGUGCCUCACCGCACAGGUACUGGAGGCUCCUGGAGUCGGUGAGCCACAACUCUGCGGCGUGCCAUUGUGGCGCGGUGUGCACGCCACGCCAUGCCACGCCACGCCACGCCACGGUCCCAACACCACCACAGACAAGGACACAUUAUUAUUGUUUAUGAUUUUUUUAGGUAAAACUUAUUUUUUCUUUAGAAUAUUCCUCUUUUAUAUAAUUUGAAUAUUACAAUUUUGCUCGUAGGCUCCUCUUGAUAUAUUCUGCUUUAUUACCCAGCUGCCCUCCCCUCAUGCCAUACUCUUAGUCUUUCAAGUUUG